GUAGUUUUAUACAGUAUCGUCGAAACGUUAUUGAGAAAACGUUUUAAUUUGUUUUGUUUCAUCUGCGCAUUUAUUUUUUUAGAUAUUUGUCAGACAUAAUGUUGAUAUUCACGGCGUAUGUUGCUUCCUUUAUGUUAUGUUACAAUGUUUCAUUGGUUUAUGCGUUUUGCGACCAUUUCGAUUUCACAUCGUGUCGAUGUCCUGCAACAUUGGAUAAAGAGUGGUGUUGGAUCUGCCCAUGUCCUAUUUUAUCAACUACACCUUCAACCACAUCAACUACUGCUCCAACAACCAGAUCAACUACUAUGCGAACAGUCACUGCACCUACAAUGCCAUUAACCUCAUCAAAAAUUACGCAUGCAAGUUUACCACCAACAAAAACGACAAUGUCUAUAACUGUAAAAAUAACUAAUCCAACAAUUUCGCCGAUAAAAGGUUCUUUUGUGUCAUCAACUGCAGGAGAUCAAUUUUGCCUGCAAUGUGACAAGGUAGUUUCUCCGCAUACAUGCAGCACCUUGAAUAUAUGCGGAAGCAAAGAAAGCUGUUAUGUUGACUCGUUUGUCAACCAUUUGGGAGGAAUACUGUACAGACUGGGAUGUCGGGACACAAAUCAAUGCAGUAUAUCAGGCAAGAGGGAAUUGUCAUCAAGCACCGAAAGAAGACACACUCAUUCUGGUCAAGUGAUGCACAACACACGAGGAACAUCGGAUCUGUCUGUUGACACCGUUCUAGAUGAUACAGGAACCUUAGUAAUGUGUUCUCAAUGUUGCAAUGGAAGCCUCUGUAACACAGGCGGAUGUGGGGUUAUUCCCUUCACGGACAUGCGUCUUGGUACGAGAGGACCGAUGUGUUUCAGCUGCCCUCAACAAAGUAGGGCGGACGACUGUGACGUAUUCAGACUCUGUGGAAGAGAUCAGAUGUGUAGGCUGGAACAAAUAACCAUCAGUGACAUCGUUCUCUGGAGAACAUCCUGUGAGGAUGCAAGGACCUGCCUAAUGCUGAUGAACAAUGCAGGCACAAACUGUACAUCAACCUGCUGCGCGUCUGAUCUGUGUAACAACGAGUGUCCAGCAAAAUGCCGCAUCAUUCACUGCCAGUUGGAUUGUGGCAGUCCUCCAAAUUACAAGAAAGACAUCAAUGGCUGUGACGUGUGUGUAUGUGACACAGGAUCGGGUACGCACGCCCUUAUUGGAUGAUGUCGGAUGUGUUAAUUGCUUAAUGGAUGUUUAAUAUAAAUGAUUUAUGCUCUAGUAUUCCAAUGUUUACUGGUUUAGAAGUGUUGUUCGAAGGUGUUCACAUAUUGAAGAUGAAAGCACUGACAUACAAAUCCAGAAACGAGAAGUAAUGAUAAUGUUCCGUGAUUCCAAAUAUUAUAUUGUUGUAUAGAAGAAUACAUGUAUUUGAUUCUAUAAAGAAAUAGGAAGAA